AUCUGGCUGUUUCUCUUACUGUUCUGGCUGGGACAAGGGAGGCGGAUGGCUCCCCCAGGUUUUGUAGAGAGCAGUUGCCGCUCCAGAAUUUUUUGGAUGAAACUGAAUAAACUCUUGCUCCAAGGAAAGUUCUUCCAGCUGGAAAUCUAUGAUCCUUCUUCUGGCCCUGUUCUGCUGGAUGAGAAGUUAGCCUCUCGCUGUGGCUACGUCCUGGCAGAAGACACGUGGGGCAAUCCCAUCUUCCGUGCCUCAGUGCUCGGCUGCCACGUGGCCAACGAGGCAGAUGAGCUGUUUUCACUGACUGUGAACAUCAAGGUCUCCUCCUUUUCAAGCAUGAGGGCAGCUGUCACCUACACCUACCCCAUGUACUGCUCCUAUGCAUCCUGGGCUCCAAGAGAAAUUGUGUGUGAAGAAAACUACAUGGAGGUGUCAGUGAAGACUGAUGUCCCAGCAGUUUCAAAUGACUACACCGUAGCAUGGAUGUCAGCACUGCCAGAGACUCACAAUGUUGCAUACCAGCAAUGGCAACUGAUGUUUGUUUCUCCAUCAGGGAGAAAGAGAAUAACAGUAAGUGAUGCAGUAAAGCUGGGCUACAGCUUCAAUAACACCCUGUCCCGAGUGUACCUGCGAGCGCCCUACCACAGCAACGAGUCUGAUGUCAGCGUGGUCAGUGGUGUAAAUAUGAACGUGAUCACUUCCACCUCCAUGUACAGGCAGCGGUGGCUGCUUUUGCUGAUUGACACGACUGUCUCCUGUCCUGUGGAUGGCAUCAGCUUCACUGACACCACACUAACAUGGACUGUGCCAAGAGUUAUCCCCACACUAGUGGUCCAGGAAUCCACCUUUCUGUCUAAGAGCAUGGUAAUGGGAGUGGAUGAUCAAGUGAUAGUGAAUCCAGAGGAGAUGAACUACUUACUGGAGUACAAUGAGACACACAUCAGAAUAACCAUCCCCAUUGGAGCAGAAGGAGGCAAGCUAGAGAGCUCCAUAUCUGGUGGUGUUUAUGGAGUCAUUUACUGUAUUGACCUGUUUCUGGAGCACACGUGGACGGAUGCAGGUUGGCAAACCACGAAGUAUACAGUCAUCAAAUCCAUCACCACACCUUUCAUGCCACAAACACCAACUGUUAUCACCAAUACCGUGCCAGAGGAACGGCUAUUUAAUGUUGCAUUUGGACAUUUUCUCCAUGAUGUCUCCCUGGUGGCAAUCACAUAUGUGAAUAGAAAUGAAACAAAAUACACCCUCCUGCUCAACUACACCCUCAGCGUGGGUCUGGAGAGGACACUCUACUAUCAGUCAGCACAGGUGGAGUGUGUGAUCGCUGAUAUUGAAAUACCAGAAGCAGUUGGCUCCUGUGAUGAAGAAAACCUGUACCUAACCCUGCCCACUUUUGGCUUGCACCAGUACUGGGACCUGUACCUGGGUAACCAGAUCCUGAACCGGCACGUGGCCCUCACCAACGGGUACCUCGCAGCCACCAACUCCACACACCUCAUCUUGCAAAUACCUCUGUUUGCUGGGGGACUCAUCUAUGAGUAUGCCACCCAGAUGGUACCAUAA